UCUUUGUGCUUUGCUUCAAAACCAAGAUGGCGAACAGUGUGAAAAGUGAAUGAAUUCGAAUGAAAAGUGAAUAAAGAAAAAAAAUAAAAGAGUAGUGAAAAGUUUAUGUAGUGCAACUAAUUUUCGUUUUGAAAGGAUUUUGAGGCAAAAAAUUACAGACAGCCUGAUCGACGACAAACAAUACCCGAGAUUAAGCCAAGACGAGUUUGACCAGCUCUGCGCUUGCAGUUAUUAACCUGACCCUCAAACUACCCGUUUGCCAAAACUUUUUCGUUGACCCCAUUUAUUGAUCAGUGAUAGCAGAAAGAGGUGCGAGUUUACAGUUUUCUGCCAAUUCAGCUUGUGGAAAAUGAAUGUUCCACCAAUACCACCACUAUUAUGUAGUACUCCACCGCCCAUCGAUUUUGGUGAUGACGAUGAUGAUGUUUUACCACCUACACUGGAUGAAGAUGUAGAUGAGGAAUUUGGAGAUUUCUCGGGGGGAAACAUGAAAAUAGACGAACCUUUGCCAUCACCCAGACCGCCCUCCGUUGCAGAUUUACCUCCUGUUAGUAUAUAUGAUAGUUUUAUUCCACACGACGAGCUGUUAGAAGGGGAGACUACCAGCAAAGAGGCAUCAAAGAAAACACAACCAACAACUCCUAUAGUAGAGGCAUUUAACUACAGUAUUAUUGAACAACAAACAAAAGAGUCUGAGGAGGAAUGUAAACCCGUAGCAUUUGAUCAUGAUUCUGAAAAGGGUAACGUGGAAACUGCAACUGAAGGUCAAAUAGGUGAUCAUGUAGAGUCGUCUACAUAUUGUCGAACUGAAGUAUUUGCUGGAGAUAACAGUCAAGUUAUCGAUGAAAACGACAAGACAAUAAGCGAACCAUUGCAUCAGGAAAUCAAUGAAAAUGUUGAUACUCCCGUCAGCAAAACAGAUAACACAACUACUUCAUCAACAAAUGGACAUUUGCCAGUAACGGAAUUAGAAAGCAAUAUGAAACCCACAAUAAGUCCACUCCCCAAUAUAGUGUCAAUUGAAGAUUUGGAAGAUGAUUUAAGCGAAGAUGAAUUAUACUCACCAAGAACGCCCAAAAAUUUGAACGAAGCCGAUAUCACAAGCAAAGACUUCUUUAAAAUUCAGGAAAUUGAUGUAACAAACGAUAAAUGCAACACAAAUGUUGACAACUCCAGAACGGAAACUGAUAUUCCAAAAAGGUCAACAGAUAGUUUUGUCUUUGCAGACUUUAAUGUACCACCACCUUUGAAUGAUGUCCCACCUUCAAACACUAAUGACGGCAUGGACAAUGAUGACGAUUUUGGAGAUUUUGCUGAUUUUCAGGACUUUUCCAGCAAUAUUAGUGCACUUCCGCCGUCAACAUUAAAUGAACCCUUUGUCGAAACAAAAUCUACUUCUAAUAUAACGGAGAGCAAAUCUGGUCAAAUUUGUAAUGAUUUGGAGGACGAUUUUGACGAUUUUAUACAACAUUCACAUUCAGAUGGCGACAGUAACCAUUCUCUCCCACGUCAGCAGGCUAACGAAGGAGAGAUAGCUUUUCCCUCCGAUGAUGACGAAUUCGAUGAUUUCACUUGCGCUGCUGGCGUUGAAACACAAGUUAGUUCCAAAGUACCAGAAGCCAAUACGAAUUUCACUUCUGAGAAAAAUCUAAAAGAGAAUGCACUUGGUAGUUUUAAUGAUUUGUCAAAAGUAUCUGAAUCCAUACCGAAUUUGGAGCACAAAUCAGCAAGCAUUGAAAGCCACAAAGAAUUCUCCCCUAUCCAUUGCGACGAAAAUGACGAUGACUUUGGCGACUUUGCAGACUUCAACGAACAACCAAUAGCUACCGUUCCACCUCAAAUUCUUCAAAAAACUGAAAGCCAACAACACAAUAUUGAUCACAUUGUAGAGGACGAAGACGAUGAUGAUGACGAUGACUUUGGAGACUUCAAUACCGCAGAACCAAUAACAACUCAAACAGAGGCAACAACAACUACUAGUCGAACAACAUGUUCUAAUGCAGUUACUGCAACACUUCAAACGCCUAAGAAUCUUAACGAACGCAUAUCAAAAAUCCUAGAAGUUAUGUUCUCAUCCACAAACAUUCCGGCCGCAGAAACGGAACCCAAUGAAAAUUAUGCUGAAGCGAAAAAACGGAAAAUUCAAGACAUACCUUUCACUUCGAUAGAUGCUGCCAAAGCUUUAGAAUAUCAAUGGUUGAAUUCGGAUACGAGACAUGCUUUUAUAAAAUCUCUGGGAAUUGAUUCACGAAAUAUUCUAUAUGGUGAAAAUUGGAAUCCUUCUUUGCCACGUUUUGCAGCAAAUUUAAGUUUUAAUCCCUUGAAACCCAUGAAACCUGUAAGCUCCAAUAGCGGAACCGAGUCCAAUACAAAUCCUCCUUGUCCACAAUCCUUAGAACCCGUUCCAGUGAGUAAAAACGAUCUUAAUAAAACUGUAAAUAAUUUAGCUGGGAACAAGCGGGAUAUUGCUGAACUAGAUUGGAAAAUGCCAUCCGCCGAGCAGAAUAUUGAAGCUCUGAAUGACACCACUGCAGACGCGCAGUGUGCAAAUAGUAAAUCAUCAGCUUUUCAAGUGGCGACAUCUUCACCAUAUAUUGCCACCGAACCACCCGAGUCGUUGACCAUAUUCGAUAAUCCCUUAGAUGUCGAACCAGAUAAAUUUUCCAAAACACCACCCAUCAGUGAAAUGGAGUCUGUCAAUUCAUUUUGUUCGCCCAUGCCAUCUCUAUCGACCCUUGAAAUCGAUAUACCACCUGUGGUAUCAGCUCCAAUUGUAAAUACGAUGAAACAUCUAGACUUGAAUGAGCCAGGCAAUUCUGAAGAUACCCUUGAAGUUGUAACAUCUACAACAUUUUCGGGUUCCUUCAAGGAAACUCACAUAUACACACCCCCCAAAACACUGGACAAUUCCUCAUCCACUCCCUCGUCUACUUCAACAACAUCACCAGCUAAGGCAAAUAACAUUGAUUUUGAUUAUGAAAAAGCGGCGAUGGGUGUGAUAAUCGACGAGACUGUUGUGAAGAAGGAGUACCGCGAUAUCGAAUAUAACCCACCUUUCACAAGGGAAUCUCUUACCCGUACUCCAUCUUUAAAGGCAGAAUCAAUGGAACCCUCAAAUAAUUUGCCAGUUCAAACAUUAGCAGUAAAUACCUUUAGUAGCGACAAUACUAAGGAUGACUUUAACGAUGAAUUUUCCGAAUUUCAAUCUGUGCCAAGUGUUGCCCCUGUUAUUCCUGUGGCCACCAAGUUCGCGGCGACAAACUCCAAGUCACCCACACACCAACAAUCCAACCGCACAACUGCGGACAUUUCAAAAUCAUCAAAUGCCGGCAUGAUUCUUAGUCCAGCAAUAUUAAUACCUCAGGCCAUAUCUAUGGAAUCCAAUAAACCAAAAAUUGAAUGGGGCGAUUCGACAGCAUCCAUAAAUCCAGAAGAGCUCGCCCGUAUUGAAGAACUAUUCCCAGAACCUACAAAACUGGUCAAGUCCAACAACACUAACAAUUCUUCCCAGAAAUCCACGCCAACUCAUCAAGCUUCAGCUCCCACUACUAUUAGCGCUACUGUUGCAAAUAGAGAAUUUGAGGGUAUUAACAAUGGUGGCGAUGAAGACGAUUGGUCUGACUUUAUAUCGGUACCGGUGGCGACCAACAACAACAAUAACAACACCAAAACACCGGUAACAAACAACAAUGCCAGCACAAAGAGUCAAACGAAUUCUCCUUUCAAGCAAAGAUCUCCCCUUAAUUCAUAUAAAAUGCCGAACUAUAAUAAUACUACUAACGAUGACGAAUGGUCUGACUUCGUCAGCAGUGCUCCAUCACCGGCAACAAUGCAACCUGCUGACAUGGGUGCAAAUGUACAAGGACCUCCACCGACUCACAGAGUCCCACAGUUCAAUAGCGGAGCUUGGCAAAAUGCAAAUUUCUACAACAACCCUUUAAGUUUGUACCAAAAGGGUCCCCUCAAUCUGCACUCCAGCUCACAACAGUCGCCCAAGAACUUCUUAAAUAACAACAACUACAAUCAAUUUCAAACAGCCAACAUUGCUGGUCACCAGCAACAAAUUCAUGUCAUGCAAAAUUUCUCUACAGCACCAGUACCUAAUGCCACAGCAGAUCGCCUUGGAAGUUCUACAGCCAAAACCUCAAAUCAAUUUCAAGUAGGAUCCUCGGUCAAAGUGGCACCCAGUAUAGCAUUAAUUCCUGAUUUGGGCUUUGUGGCACCCGCCAUACCCACACAUACCUCGUUUAUUAAUUCGCUGCCCAAGCCAAGUAUUAACACAAAGAAAUGACGUUUGCUCAAUAGUCAGAGUCCGAAUCAGGAUCAGUCACAGUCACAGCAAAAACAAAGCCUGGUAAAUUCGCAACAUUCCCAACGUUCACAACGUUUUCAACAAAUAAUGACAACAACGACAACUGUGUCGAAAAACUCAACUUACCGUUCCAGCAAUGCAAACGUAUGUGUGGCUUCAAGUUACAGUGAUGAUAUUUUAAUAUAGAACCAAAUCCUUUUAACAGUUUUAGUCGUUUUAGAGUUGAAAGAGUGAAGUGAGUACGUACAUGCAUAUGUAUAUGUACAUUAGUUUAGUUGGUCGGUCUAGUAUUGUUUGUAGAUCGAAGUACAUAUAAAAUAGGUGUAUUCCGUACGUAUUUAUAACUUAAUUAUCGUAUUGGAAUCGAAAACAUAA